CAACUUCUUCCCGCUUGUGCUCUUCACACUUCGUCCACGCUCUCCUGAAACACAUUUUCACCUUUGUUACAAAUUGAUAUUUUUCAAGGGUCUUGCAAGUCUAAGCUUCUCGACUGUUUCUCCUCCCGUCGUGUGCUCUUGACACGAGAAUUCCAGAGCUAUAGCUUGAAAAAGAUAGCACAAAAUGACGCUCUAUUACAGUCUUGUGUUUCUCCUCCUUGUGUCGGAGAUGGCCAUCUUUAUGAUGCUCAUCGUCCCGCUGCCAUUUACCUGGAGGAGGAAGCUGUUUACAUUCAUCUCCGAAAGUCCAAUAAUAGCAAAACUACAAUAUGGAAUGAAGAUUACAUUUAUUUUCAUUCUCAUUCUAUUCAUUGACAGCGUGAACCGGGUUUAUCGCGUGCAACUCGAACUCGCUGCCGCCUCCAAGGACAACAGUCAAGCUGGUAGAGCGGCAGUACUUGGCUCGGAGAGAAUGGAAGUCCAGGCCCGAAAGUUUUAUUCCCAGCGCAACAUGUAUCUGUGUGGUUUCACCCUCUUCCUCUCGCUUAUUCUUAACCGCACCUAUGUCAUGAUCUUGGACGUGCUGCGUUUGGAAGAGGAAGUCAAGCGUCUCAAGAGUGACCCUUCUGCCAAGGGCAAGGACUCGGCUUCUCUCGCCAACGCCGGCAAUGCAGGCGAAGUUGGCAAGCUCAAGCAGUUGCUUGCCGAGAAGGAGCGCGACAUUGAGACCCUGAAGAAGCAAAGCGAGGGACUGAGCCGUGAGUACGGCGAGUUGAGCGAUCGGUACGGAAAGUUGGAGAAGGCCGACCCCACUCCCAAGAAGGACAGGUAGAGAAAGCAGCGAUUUUCUGAGACGGGAAAAGAGAGAGAGGGAGAGAGAGAGCGAAAGAGACGUAAACACGGAGAAAAAAAAGGGGCGAGCUGAUAUGCGCUUAUUUCCUAGCACCAAGGAACCGUAGAGCCAGGGGGUCACUUUUGUUUCCUUCCCCGCACCUUUUUUUUUUCCUUU